AUGAUGCAGUCAAUUGAUGAGUCUAGUAUUCCAGGAUUAUCCCACUCACUGUCCUUAUCUUCAGAAGAGGGAACUGAAUUGCCCCAAAUCACAGCAAGAGCUGUUGGUCUCACUUGCCUAGGUUUAGUUGUAUUUAACUGGAAACUCCAACAAGGCAAAGCAAAUGAACACACAUCAGAAAACCUUUGUUGCAGAACUUUCGAUGAAUCCCUGUGUGCUCAUGAGGCAAGAAAUUACCACACCAUGGGAUACUGUAACUGCCACUUAACUCAGGAAAACGAGAUAAAGGUCAUGUCCAUUGUGGGGUCCAGAAAGGAAAUGCCACUUUUACAGGAAAGCAGCCAUCAAGCAACAUUGGCCUCUGAGUCCACAGACCUUGACGGAUCAUUUAGAAACCUGAAAGGGAAGGACCAUGGGGCAGACAGCACUUUCUUUUGCCUAGAUGGUAGAUUGCUGCAGUCAGGAUGCUCAGAGACUCCCAGGAAUAGGGCAGCUUUUAAUGAUGCAGGAUCAGUUACAAAACAUUGUCCAAAGAGAGGUGAAAAGCUAAGGAAUCUCAAGCCUUUAGAAGUACAGUCUCAAACUCUACCACUGCAUGUAACAAGAACGAUAGAUAUCAGCAGUGACACAUUUAGAAGAAGAUAUGCAACAUCCACUUCAGCCUUGGCAAGAGAAAGUCUUGAAAGGCAUUUAACAAAUGAAUCAUGGCAGCUUCCAAUAGAAAAAGAAGACAAUGGCCUACAACCUCACAAGCAGAGAUAUUUUAUUAUAAGCUCAUCAUCCAAGCCUUGUGAACCUGAAGAGCCCUAUGUACAAAAGAUCUUAUACAAACAUAGAUCAAAAUAUGAUGAUCCUUGUGGACUGUUAAAAUGGAGCAAGCCUAGAUAUAUUCAGCCAAACCACUCCCUUAUCUGUAAAUAUAUGCUGUGUGACCAAUUUCAAGAUUAUAUGAAAAAAAAUAAACCAAAUGGUAGAGAGCAUCCAAAGUCUAAGAAAGAGCAAAUCCAAAUUAACACUGCAAUAGAAAAAUUCCUUAUGAGUGAGGAUAACAUAGAUUUAUCAAGAUUAUCAACAAAAAUCAAGAAAACAUAUUUUACAAAGAGGGCCAGCUUCCAUGACCCUGAUUUAGCAGCAAAAAAGAGUGUGGUACCACCCAAAACAUCAACCCACCUGAAACAGCAGAAAAAUCAAAGUAACCAACUGACCACUUUGGAUGUCAAAAAGGAAGGAAGAAAAUGGUUUACCGAUUCACAGAUUCUGAAAAAGAAGAGAAUUAGGCAAUCUGAUCUCAAAGGGAAAUUUAAAGGACGCAAUUUAAGGAUAAAAUUAAAUUUACACCCUUUUAGAAAAGUCAGAGUUCAUCCAGAACAAUCUUUGCCAGAACUUCAAAAGAAGCAUAAACAAAUACUUUUACCUUCUAAGAAGUUACCUAAAGCAUCUAAGGAAAAAAACAAAAUAAAGCUCGUGUCUUCUGCAGAUUUUCCUCAACAACUAGAGAGUAACAACCGUAUAAAGCUCACUUCAAAAAGGUUUGCUCUCAAACAUGCCCCAAAGCAGACCAAAUAUUACAAAAAUACUGAAAAUGCCCCUCUCCUCAGUGCUAACAACUUGUCUGUACACAGCUCUGUAAAGAGCAAGUGUUGCCCUGCUGGUCAUAUCCCUAAUGGAAAUUCAUCAGUAUUGCUUCAGCCUACACCCAGGGAAGCUAAGCACAGACACUCACACUUUCAGUUCUCAACUGAGCAAGUGCAAGAUGCAGCUCAGCUCAAACGGGAAUUUCCUGGUAAUUUACCAGCCACUUGGGAAAAUACAGGAAAUAGUGUUUUACCAUCUCAACAUCCCAUGGGGGUUACUGACCAAGGGGCAACAGAGCCCACUGAGCACAUGGAUCAGAACAAGCAAAAAACCAAUGAGCGAAACCAAUUUUCUUUGUCCUUGAGGAGAGAAACACAUCUUAGAGGUAUCCACUUGACUGACACCUACAACAAGGAAUGUACUUUAGAUCAGAAUCAAGCUUUACAGCAUGAAGAACAAAACUCAAGUCAUGAACAACUUCGAAAUGAAGAAAAAACAUUAAGGAGAGAAUCCAAAUCAUCACAUCAAAUUGUAGAAUAUUGUAUUGUGAACAAGGAAGGCAAUGAUGUAGGAAAAAAUCUUCCUAACACAGAAAUAGAUUCCUCUCUCAUUCCCUGGACACAACCCAAGAACAACCUACCAUUUAUGAUGACAAAUUCUAUUCCAUACCAAAAUAGAACAGAGCUUCCCAAAGAUAUCAAUACUUCUCUUAGUAGUCAAGCUAUUUGGCAUCUCACCAACAGCAGUGAAAGAGAAAUCAACAGCACAAAUUCAUUGCCCAUAAAAGACAGCAAUGAAGCACUGGAGAUAAAACUAGUAGGGAAAGAAGAGAAAAAUACACUGAUGAAAGCAAGAUAA